AUGUUGAAAGCAAAACGCAGCUGUGUGCAUGGCAUAAUGUCCGCCGUCCGGCGCCCGCGCCCGCCCCCGCCCCCCGGCGCUCGCGCCCGCCCCGCCCCCCGCCGCCCGCGCCCGCCCGCGCCCCCCGCCGCCCGCGCCCGCCCCCGCCGCCCGCGCCUGCCCCCGCCCCCCGCCGCCCGCGCCCGCCCCCGCCGCCCGCGCCCGCCCCCGCCGGCCGUGCCCGCCCCCGCCCCCCGCCACCCGUCGCAUGUGUGUUUGUGCCUCAGCGUGUAUGCAUGGCAUAAUGUCCGCCCGCCCCGCCCACCGACGCCCGCGCCCGCCCCCCUGCACCCGCGCCCGCGCCCGCCCCCGCCCCCCGGCGCCCGCCCCCGCCCCCCUGGCGCCCGCGCCCGCCCCCCACCGCCCGCGCCCGCCCCCAGCCGGUCGUGCCCCCCCCCCACCUCGCGCCGCUCGCGCCCGCCCUCCGCCGCCCUCUCAUCAAUACAUGUGUGCAGGCAGACGACAAUUAGAUAG